AUGCCUCACCCCCCAUUGGACGUGUGGGUGUCGAUCCAGCCCAUCCAUCAUUCUGCUUCUGACGUCACGUUCGUGAUGGUCGGGCAAACACCAAAAGCAGGUUUGAAAAACAAAACUGUGAUGAUUAGCAGUAGGUGGGCAAAAAAAUGUUCAAAAAGGCUGCUUGGUGUCCCAGGAGGAUCUGCUCUCGGCCCGAGAACAAUAUUUUUCAGUGACAAUCACAACCUGAACACAACCAGCACACCCCCAACCAAAUCAUCAGAUACCAACAUGCCGUUCUUCUCUCGAUCAGAGCCCGCCCAGCAGCCGGUACAACCGGCACCUCAGCCUGUCUACGAGGAGCAACCCAAGAAACAUGGCCUCUUCAGUCGCCACCGCUCCCCAUCUCCCGCCCGUACUACCAGCACCAGCACUCGGCACACCAACUCGACCUACCAGACCUCUCCUGAGCGUGGAACCCGAAGCUCUAGCGGCAGUCGUGGUGGUCUUCUCCGUCGGUCCUUUGGCAACGGUUCCGCCAACGAGAUGGAUCCCAGCAUCGUCGCUGCCCGUGAGAGGGUCAUGAGUGCCGAGAUGGCAGAGCGGGAGGCUGAUCGUGCCCUCAUGGCUGCCCGCGAGAGUGUCCGCGAGGCCCGCGAGCAUGUCCGCAGACUGGAGCUCGAAGCUCAGGAGGAGGCCAGGAGGGCCAAGAUCAAGCAACAGCAAGCCAAGGAGGUUUCUAAAAGAGGAAAGCAGCUCGGACGCUACGAUUAGAGUCUCUGCUGAACGAACCUUUUUUUACAUUUUCCUUUGUUACGGAGCGAACGGACAUGGAGUGUGGAGGGCACUUGUACCAGCAUAAGCCUUGUAUUGGUAGAUGUAUCAUAUUUCUUUCAAGCGUUGUUUUCUUUUGGCGAAUAAAUUAUUUCUUGACUCCGU